AUGGGGUCUCGAUUAGACAAUGGGAUCGCCGAAGUGGGAGGACGUUGGAACGCGGAAAGUGUCGCUACACCGUUUGAUGUGACGUACUGUACCGAUUCUGAGGAGGAUGCCUCGAACAGUUUCCAUGGUCGUGACAUCGCAGAACCAGAUAGGAACAUCGAGGGAGAACACCGGGAAUCAUUCGACCCUCCAGUUCCGGAGCAGCCGUAUCAGAAGAAAACCGACGCAACUGUAGGACUUGUUGGAUCGCACACCGCAGCCGGAAACUCCAUGGAUUCAGGUUACGGUUCGGCCGUCGCCCUUGCAGGGCAGAAGGACGACACGCAUCACCAAGAUACUGGCUUAGAGUCUGACUUGACUGACAUCAAGGAAUGGGAUAAGAGAACGAUGUACUCUGAUGAAGGUAGCAUCAGCGGGGCUGACGUGACCAUCUACAAGGUUGAGCUUGCUGACAACUUGGUUGCCAAAGUUCACGAGCUUGGGGCAGGAGGCGAGAGCUUGGAUCGCAUGGUGGGGGUCUUACCAUCGCUCCUGAAAGCGCUCGCCUUGAAGCUUGGCCAGCCUGGGUCGAGCAAGUCCCAGAGAGAUGUGAUGUAUUUCCUUCACAAAUAUCGACACGACUUGACUCACAUGUUUAAGGAAGCCAUGUUGGAGCAGGUCGAAAACAACACUGUGUUAGAAAGACAGAUCGAACGGGUCGACAAUGAGGUUAUCUCAUUACAGAUUAAGAGAUGGCUCGCAAGUCUGGACACCCAGGAAUUUGACGAUGCGGUGCCAACACACAAGCAAACGGCCAGUCUCGGUGACGAUGUUUUGACCCUUCCCGACGAUAAGGAGCUCAUCCUUCCAGAUAGGCGUGGGUAUCGUGAGGUGAUUUUCGACUCUGAAGCCUACAAUGCUCUUGCGAUACGUCUGGCGUCUGAGGCCUUCCUGACCCCCCUCUCGGACUUGGAUGCCAUGAGAGUGAUCCGGUCGAAGGUCUUGACUACCGUUCCAAUCGAAAAAUAUAUCAGUCGCCAUGAAGAGUCAACGUUACUCACAAUGACAAUAGUUGUCAGAUGGGAACCGAUCGCCUUUCUCAGAGAUCAAUACCGGGACUCUGAGGAUUUUACGGAGCUUCUAGAACGGGUCAUAACUUUGACCGGAUCGGCAAGCAAUGCCCAAGCCUUGCCGUGUUCUGAAUAUGUUGCUCAAACAUGGCCUACGGCUGGCCCUCAUAUUCUAGCUGCGGUAUCCGGGGCCGUGCAAAAACGAGCAACGGUAGCGAAAAUUCUCCCGGACGGAUCGGAAAUUGAGGCGGAGGAUUCAUACGGCCAUUUCCGCUUGAUUGCUAAGGGCACCGCGGACUUCAUCGCCAAUGCUACGGAAGUCAUGGCCUGGCUUGGGGCCGCCUUGCGGUCUUCUGGCGACGGGAUCAUGAAGUACUGCACACCGCAAAUAUUGAAUUGCGAAAGUGUUGGGAGAAGUACUGACUAUUAUUGUGUGAUUGACUUCACUAUGGGCCCGCACGUCAAAACAGACGUCGGUGGCGGGUGCUGCUGGCACAACAUGUUCUGCGAUCCAGUUAUCGUCAAAGGCUUCCCCAUUCGAAAUCGGCCACGCGAGAAUACGGGGUUGGAGAUACCACUCGAUAUGGCCGCGAGCCUGAUGGACGCAAAGAGGUUGCAUUCCUUCGGGGGGCAGUUCCAUCUCAAGGGGUUUUCAGCGAUGCUCACGCCAACCGAGAUCUCUGAUGGUCUCGCCUUUUGA